GCCGCCAAACUCUGCGUUUAAAACAACAUUUUUACGUUGCGUUUUAUACGAUUUUAUUAAACAAUAAUGGAUAAUUUCGAUACUGAAAGGUUUAUAGAGGAAAUAGAGAACCGUCCUGCUUUAUGGGAUAGUUCAUUAGAGGUGUACUGUAACAGGGAAUUCAAGAAACAAUGCUGGAAUGAUAUUGUUGAUAUUUUCGGCGGUAAGGGUUUGACAGCCGCGGAACGGAGAUAUAUAGAAAUCACUCUACAAAAGAAAUGGAAAGGCAUCCGCGGCUGUUUCACCCGCGAGCUCAAGAGACAAGAGAAGCUGCGGGGUGGAGACAGCCCAGGCCCAAGGAAGUCUGAAUACUCCUACUUCCAACAACUUCAGUUCCUACGUAACGUCGUCACCACUAGAGAUCCAGACGAUGCACCGGACUACAUAUAUUAUGAAGUUCCAGAUUUGAUCUCAGUCAAGGAAGAAGAUACGGAAGAUCCUUUAAGAGAAGAUGGAUUUAGAAGGAGCAAGAAAUUCAAGUGUGACGAUGAUGAAGACAGACUGUUUCUUCUGUCUAUGUUGAGUACUUUGAAGAGUGUACCGGCUUCGAAGAAAAUGAGUACUAAAAUUAAAUUAAUGACUGUACUGGACGAGGCGACAAGGAAUUUGGACUAAAGUUAAAUAUUAUGUCAAUGUUUUAUUAUAUAAGAUGUUAUUUUUAUUAAAUUGUUAUAAAACUACAGUUCUUGUUUAGUGGUGUCAAUCGUCGGUCGUGGGUUCAAUUGAAUUUCAGUGCAGAUGUUCUCCUUAACGUAUCUUGAGAAUACGUAAAGCUGUUAGCCCCAAUUGUCAUCAUGGAAAUUAGAGAGCCAAAGUUACUUAGAAAUGGGGAGCAGCAUGGGGCAUUUAAAAGUUGAUUCAAAUAAGUCUAGUUUUUUAAAUUACAAAAUACUUGCACCUAUUAAUACUUGAUAAAACACUUUAUUAUACUAUUAUCUCUUAAUAAUAAUGUUUAACGGAGCUAUUAUUAAUAUAACACAUAUUUUUUUUACGAAACACAAAA